GGAUUGAAUUAGAGCCAACACAACUCCAGCUAUUGCCUGAGCUACUCAAGGGUAAUGCCAGGUGAUAAUGGGGUGCCUGAAGUCGCAUCAACCCUCUCUGCGACAGACUUAGCCCCAUCACCGGUCGGACAUGAUCCAGCUCAGCAAAGACUCGACCUUGCACGCCAAUUGACUUCAGUUGGUAAUUCUGGAGAUGGGAGUAUCCUGUCGCAAUUGACCAGCAAUCCCUUCUUCACUGCGGGAUUCGGUCUCGCAGGCCUAGGUGCACUCGCAGCUUUCGGUCAAAGAGGUCUUCGUCAUGGCGCAGCUCUCAUGCGCCGACGCCUCCUCGUCGAUGUCGAAAUCAGUGUUCGAGACGAUUCAUACCCCUGGUUUCUCUAUUGGAUGACCCUUCACGAACGAAGCAAAUUAUCCAGCGAAGCAGCCCAACAUGUGUUGAAGAACGGCCAAGCAGGUCAAAAGGUGGGAGUGGUUGAAUCUAUACUCCAACGCCUAACUCCGGGUAUGCGCCAUCUCUCCAUUGAGACCGAGAAACGCGAACUUCCCAACGGUGCCAUUCAUACAAAUUUUGCCCUCAUCCCUGGUCCAGGUCGACAUGUCAUUCGCUACAAUGGCGCAUGGAUCUUGGUUAAUCGACAACGAGAGUCGAAACAGUUUUCCAUGGAUGGUAAACCGUGGGAGACAGUUACCUUGACAACCCUAUAUUCUCAUCGCCAUAUCUUUGAGACGCUUUUCCGAGAGGCUCAUGAUCUAGCUACACAAUCUGUUCAAGGAAAGACAGUCAUCUAUACUGCAUGGGGUACCAAGUGGGAGAAAUUCGGCCAUCCGCGGUCAAAGAGACCGUUAGACUCGGUCAUCCUCGACAAAGGCGUGAAAGAGCGAAUUGUCACCGAUGUCCAAGAUUUCAUAUCUUCUUCCAAAUGGUACUACGAACGUGGUAUUCCCUACCGCCGUGGAUAUCUCCUCUAUGGUCCACCAGGCACGGGCAAGUCUAGUUUCAUCCAGGCUGUCGCAGGCCAUUUGAACUACGACAUUGCCAUGCUCAAUCUGUCUGAACGAGGCCUGACCGAUGACCGACUGAACCAUCUCCUCACCGUCAUUCCUCAAAGGACUCUUGUACUGUUAGAAGAUGUCGACGCCGCGUUCGCCAACCGUCGCCAAGUCGAAGCUGACGGCUACCAAGGCGCGAAUGUGACUUUCUCCGGUUUACUCAAUGCUCUCGAUGGAGUGGGAAGUGCAGAAGAACGAAUCAUUUUUCUCACGACCAACCACGUGGAUCGUCUAGAUGAAGCUCUCGUUCGACCCGGUCGAGUCGAUAUGACGGUUCGUCUGGGUGAGGCAACGGUAUACCAGAUUGAGCAACUAUGGGACCGAUUCUAUACCGAUGUCGACCCCAACGGAGAGGCAAAGACGCGGUUCCUGGACAAAUUGCGCCAGGUAGGCGUGCUAGCGCCUGAAGAUACCCCCGGAGCUGCUGGGCGCGUCAGCCAGACGAGCAUGGCGGCCUUGCAGGGUCUGUUCUUGUAUAACAAGGGAAAUCCUCAGGGUGCAGUCGACAUGGCGUGGCAAUUGGCACCGGGCGAACUGCCGAGUCAAAUUAUGAAUGAGGCAGAGGCUGAUGUUCAAGGCAGUCGGUCGUAACCUUUGUCACGAUCACGAGAUGCUCCUAGGUCUGCGGCUAGUUAGGCAUGGUUGUGGAGGACAUAUAUGGCGGUCAAUGUGUUGGUACAAUAGGUGCUAGCAGCCUGUAUAACAUGUACAAAACUAUAUUAAAGCAUCAUAUCAACUCAAGAGACGAUGGAACCAUCCUAUUUACUUACAUCAGCU